GGCAGUACAGGAAAACAUCACACUGCUCCUCCUCCUCUUCUUGGAUGCAAAGCUGCUCCAUAGAGGGAAUGUACUGCAUCCAACUAUCGUCUCACCGUGUCUGCACCUUUCUGUACGAAUGAGGUCGGAGGAAUAGGGAAAGAAGAGCAUGGCCAACUCAGCACUAGAGAUAGUGGGCCUUUUAUGUACCGUGAUUGGGUUGAUUGGGACUGCAGCAAGCACGGGGAUGCCCAUGUGGCGAGUCACGGCUUUCAUUGGGGAGAACAUCAUUGUGUUCGAGACCCGCUACGAGGGCCUGUGGAUGAAUUGCUUCCGGCAGGCCGAUAUCAGGAUGCAGUGCAAGGUGUACGACUCUCUCUUGGCCCUGCCACCUGACCUGCAGGCGGCAAGGGGGCUCAUGUGCUGUGCCCUGGCACUGGGCGGCCUCGGUCUGCUCAUCAGUUUGCUGGGUCUGCAGUGCACGUCAUGUAUCCAAAACAACGACAGAGCCAAGCGACUGGUCCUCAUCAUUGCAGGGAGCAUGGUCAUCAUGGCUUGUAUCUGCGUCCUCAUCCCUGUGUCGUGGACGGGUCAUGUCAUCAUCAGGGACUUCUACAACCCUUUGCUGAUUGACGCCCAGCGCAGGGAGCUUGGCGAGGCUCUGUACAUUGGCUGGGUGUCCGCUGCUUUCUUGUUUGCUGGAGGAUGCAUGUUUACAUGCUGCAACCUGCAGUCUGAAGAGAAAGCGCAAGAGCGAUAUGUGUACUCCAGGAACUCCAGCUACAUGGCCUAUCCUCCGCAGCCUCUCCAGCCUCAGCAGCUGGUUCUACUUCCCCAACCACAACCUCAAUAUCAACCUCAACUGCAGCCAGUGCUGUCGAGACACCCUUCAACUAUCUACACCAACCCCUCCAGAUACCCCUCUAUACGCAGCGGGGUGGCUUACCUCUGAACACUCACUGAGGUAAUGAUAUUCAGCUAUGGUUGCUAUGUGAAAGGAAAUUCACUCUCGUUUUUUCUUGCCACAUCAAUCCUGGGCACAUUUCAGCCAUCAAAAGACACAUUUCAGAUAAAAUCCAAAAACAUUUCAGCAUAAACCACUCUGUUAGUGUGUGAAUGCAUAUGAUACAUAUAGACGUAUAUUUUAAAACAACUUUUUAUACAUUGCUUCAGGAGACAAUAGCAUUUCGUUAAAGAACACUCGUUACUCGAUGUAUAGAAAUAGCAUAAUGAAAACCACGUCUGUGUUUAGGCCAGUGAUUUAUAUUACUAUUAUGUUUUAUAAUCGAUGUGUAGCCUUGCUUUUGUUGUAAAUAUGGUUAAAACAUUUUGCAUGUAUAUGUUGUAACAUUUCACACAAUAUUUAACCAUCAAAUAUUGUGGCAGUUGUGGGUUUGUCUUUAACUGCACAACUGUGAAAGUUGAGAAAUAUUACUGAGCUGUGUGGUCAUCAUGAAUAUAUUUCAACCCACUUUCAUAAUACCUGUACAUGUAUUACAUGUACCUAAGAAGAAAUGUGAGAUAUUUAUAUCUGUGGAUUAAGUGAGAAUUACACAAAUAAUUAGCUCCAUGUUUGCUCAGUGUGUGCCUUUGCUGAAGUUUGGUAAAAAUCCUGGAGGCCAUGUUAACCAACACAGCAGAAUAAACAUGAGCUGCGGGUUUUAAAAGCUUGCUAAAGGUGUGGACUCGGAGACGAAACUGGAGAGACACUAUCUGACAGCGUGAUCACAUGAUGAGAAUUUGCAAGUCACUUUGACUGUUCAGAUCAUUUCCUGGUUUACUUCAUCUUUUAUACUAUGUGUGUGUAUACAGUACUGUGCAAAAGUCUUGGGCCACCUUUAGAUUUGUUGUUUUAGCAAUGCUAUAAUGAUCAUGCAGGGAAUACAGGAAGCAUGUAUGCGUUUUUAAACAACAGAAUUGAAAGAGGAACAGCUUUUACAGGAUAAGUUGUCAAGUAUUUAGUGACCUACUGAAACAAUAGCAUCACCCAGACUCUCUUAAAACUGGAGUGGAACCAUAAUUAAUAAUGUUGUGUUUGUCCUUCUAUUUCAUGUGGCAAAAUAUCUGCUGUGAAAAGGGUCUACUACACCAGCUUUAUUCAAGAAGUGCUUGAGCUUCAUACGGUAUUAGUUAAACUUAAACUGGUGCUGCCCUGAGACUUUUGCACAGUAAUAUACAGUGCUUAACAAUUUUAUUAGACCAAAUGUCAUAACAACAACAACAUAUAGAACAGAAAUAUUGUUUAAAACUUGUUUAAAACUAAAAAGGUUUGUGUUAUUUAUCUGGCAAAUAACCAACUGAAUUCACCUUUUUAUUAAAAUUAUAAAUUUGAGCCGGCUCACUGGGCUUCUUCUCUGAGAAGUCAGAAAUGAAUCAAGCGUAACAUAUUUUUUCUGUUUAGGAGUGCAAGCAAAUAUAAUUUGACAUAUUAAUCAAAAAACAAUAAUGUGCUUUACUAUUUUUUCUGUUUUUUUUGCCUACAACAGUACAUUUGAACAUUCAUGCAUUAAAAAUGAUUAACCUUUUGGUUAAAGAGCUUCUAUGUACUGGUGUAUUAACUGUUACAGAAACAUAAAAAAACAUUUUGUAUUAAGUAUUAAGCAUUGCAUGUACAUGAUGUCUUCAACCACUGGGUCAACUCAUUUCACUUUCAGUGAGUUCCAAAGCAUUUUAAGUGCAACUUGUUUUGAGCAUUUAAGAAAUUAAGAAAUUAAGAAAGCAAUUAUUUCAUGAAAAAAGAAAUUGGUGUUUCCCAAACCUAAAAAUGAUCCAAAGAACACAUUAUAUGUAUUAAGUUUUACUGUUGUAGAGGAACAAAGAAACAAGAUAACUUUAAAAACAGACUCAAACAAAUGUAUUAAUUUAAAAAAAGUUAGUUCAUUAUUGCAACCCUACUAACAAUAGCUGUUUGUUUUUUUUGACUGUGUGAUAAGUUACCUCAUUGUUUCAUUCAUUUAAAGGUUAUUUCUGCUCCCCUCUGGACAACUGAAGUACUGGAGGAGCUUUUGUUCUGCACUGUUUGUUUGUUUGCUUCUGAAUUGUUAUCACAUACAAUGUAAAUGUAAAAAAAUAAAUAAAAACAAGGCAAGUGAAAUAUG